AGAAACAAAGGAGAAGAACUAGGUGUCAAUCUCAGAACCAUUUGCAGCCGUCAAGGAGCUGCAAUUCUGAAUAAAAACUUCCAUGACAUUCAAGAAGAUGAAGGGAAAACAAAGAGGCAACUGAGAAAGACAAAUGACUGUCCUAAUUUGACAUAAUGCCUUUUGUUAUCAGUUGAUAUUAUUUUCGACUUAGGGCUAAACCAUUUUUGAGUCUGAUCUUUUGAAUGUAAACAGACUUUAACCCGAUUUCACUUUAAAAAAAUUAUUUAUUAUGAAUUUAUCUUCACUUUCAAUCUUGGAGAAUAAAAUCUUUAAUGCAUUUUUCAUGAACUUGUGUCAUCAAUACUUUUCAAUUUCAUAACCUCACCCUUCCUACGUGUCAUUUGUCUAUUGGCUCCUCUUACACAUUAAACGUCCUAGUCACACAUUGACCCGACCCGACCCGACCCGACCUCUCAGUUGACUCAUACUCACACUUCUUCUUCCUACACAGAAUCCCCCUUUUUCUCUCUACAUACCAAAAUCCCUCAAUUUUCUCCGCUACAAUGGCGAUCCCCAAAUCCCUAACCCUAACCCUAAUCUCCAUUUUCCUCCUCCUCAACCACUCCUCCUCGUUCGUCGACGGUGGCGCCGGCGAUAUCCUCGCCGAGCUAAUUCACCUCCGAUCACAAUCUCCCACCGCCGCAAUCCACCUCUCCGACCACCUCCUCCGCCGUAUCCUCUCCCUCGAUACCCCCCGUCCCUUCUCCUUCCUCAUCUUCUUCGACGCUAAACAGCUGCAUUCCAAACCUGAACUAUCCCUCCCAACUCUCAAAUCCGAAUUCUCCCUCUUAUCCUCUUCCUUCCUCACCAACAACCCCGAAGUCAACAACAAUUUCUUCUUCUUCACUAUCGAAUUCUCCGAAUCGCAGAACUCAUUCGCUUUAUUCGGGGUUAAUUCGUUACCCCAUUUACGUUUAAUUCCAAAUUCAGCUACUGAUUUAAAGAAAGAUUCGAUUCAAAUGGACGGUUCUGAUUUAGCGAGGUUAGCUGAAUCGAUGGCGGAGUUUGUAGAAGCUAAAGGGAAGGUUAAUGUAGGUCCAAUUCAUAGACCACCAAUGAUUUCGAAGAAGCAAAUGAGUGUUAUUGUUGUUGUUGGCUUAGCAUUGAGUCCAUUUUUGUUGAAAAAGAUUGUUUCAGGUGACACCCUUUUGCAUGAUAAGUAUGUAUGGAUGUUGGGUUCGAUAUUCGUUUACUUUUUCAGUGUUUCGGGUGCAAUGCAUAAUAUAAUUAGGAAAAUGCCGAUGUUUAUGAUGGAUAGAGAGGAUCCGGGGAAGUUGGUUUUCUUUUAUCAAGGUUCGGGGAUGCAGUUGGGAGCUGAGGGUUUCGCGGUUGGGUUUUUGUAUACGAUCGUGGGUUUGUUGUUGGCUUUUAUGACGAAUGUUCUUGUUCGUGUAAAGAGUAGGACUUUGCAAAGGGUGGUGAUGAUUACUGCACUGUUUGUUUCGUUCUGGGCUGUGAAGAAAGUGAUUCAAUUGGAUAAUUGGAAGACAGGGUAUGGUGUUCAUGCUUAUUGGCCUUCGAGUUGGUAACUGAUGGCAAUGUCGUUAGGUAAGGGAAUUUGUAACAGCUUAUACUACAUGUCAGCUAGCUUAAUUUCGAACCUUAACUAGUUGACGCGGAAAAGUUUUAGCUUUUCUCAAGAUGGAUAGAUUUUAUGAUGAUUUAUAUGGAAACAUUUAUGUUUUAAUUGAGGAUUUGAAAAUGGAUUAUGUACAAGUUGCACGUAUUUUGUAUCAAACUCUUUGCUUGGUUUAA